GUGGAGGAACGGGGAGGGGGGAGUCGGGUUUCAGCUCCAGUCCUGAUGCACUGAAGCUGCCUUUGUUUGACUGGGAACCAGAGGGAGAGCAAGAGUGAGGAGGAGGAGAGUGAGAAGUUUUUAGUUUGGAGGGAGUGAAAGAGGGACAGAGUGGACUCCAUCUCUCUCUCUGACACUUCCAAAUAAAUGAAAAGGGAACUUUCAGUGUGGAUUUAAGCUCCCCAUCAGUGAAGAUGACUUCACGCAUUCUUCCCUGGUUCUUUGGAUUAUCUCUCCUCGUUCUCCAUUUGUGCUGCCAUCACUCCUCUGCCUAUCAGCUGCUGGGUGACCGUGGUUCUCAAAGCUCGUUGGACCUGACAGAGUUGAUCGGCGUUCCCCUUCCCCCCUCUGUCUCCUUUGUCACCGGAUUCGAGGGCUACCCGGCCUACAGCUUUGGCCCAGAUGCAAACGUGGGCCGCCUCACCAAGUCAUUCAUCCCAGAUCCGUUCCAUCAUGACUUUGCCAUCACGGUGACGGCGAAACCAACCACACGGCACGGCGGUGUGCUUUUCGCCAUCACUGAUGCAUAUCAGAGUAUUGUACAGUUAGGUGUAGCCUUGUCAGAGGUGGAGGAUGGUGCCCAGAACGUCAUAUUGUACUACACGGACUCAGAAACCACAAGUGGGUCCAGAGAGGCAGCGUCAUUCAAAAUGGGAGACCUGACAGGACGAUGGGCAAGGUUUACCAUGACAGUGCAAGGUGCAGAGAUCCGUCUCUACAUGGACUGUGAGGAAUACCACAAAGUGGCUUUCUCCAGGAGUGCCAGGCCUCUAACUUUCGAGGCCAGCUCAGGGAUCUUCGUGGGGAAUGCCGGUGGAACAGGCCUUCCUCGCUUUGUGGGUUCUAUUCAGCAGCUGGUGUUGAAGUCAGAUCCCACAGCUCCAAAUGACCAGUGUGAGGAGGACGAUCCUUAUGCAUCUGGUUUUGGAAGCGGAGAUGAAGAUUAUGAAGACUCAAAGGAAGGAGAUGAAGUUAAGAAGAUUGUAGAGGAGAGACAAUACCCCAUGCCUUCCCCAGAGCUGAAUCUCACAGAAAGCUCCCCAGUCCGAGCUCCUCCCACUGAAGUGUCCCUAAUUGAUGAUGAAGAUGGAGACGUUGAGGAGUCCUCUGGGCAGGAAGUGGAGUCGAGCACAGUACAAGCUAUAAUAUUUCGGAACAAUGCCUCUGAGAUUCAACCUGACACUCCCUUUCAGGUGUCUACAGGACAAAAAGGUGAACCAGGCGAACCCGGUCCAGCUGGUCCUCCGGGACCCCCUGGCCCUCCAGCACAAGCGUCAGGUGAGGGAAGGGACCCUGGACCAAGAGGUCCUCAAGGCCCACGGGGACCUCCUGGCCCAACUGGACUUCCUGGGAAAGAUGGCGAGCCUGGGAUGAAAGGUGAAGGUGGUCAGCCAGGAGCAACAGGAUUCCCUGGACUACAAGGAGAACCUGGUCAGAAAGGAGAGAAAGGUGAUCCUGGCUUGGGCGUCCCUGGUCCUCCAGGGCUUCCUGGACCUCCGGGUCCACCCAGCAAAUCUUCCAUGGAGGGGUCUGGACUUGAUGACUUUGACAGUGAUGCAGAGGUUGUCAGGGGUCCCCCAGGGCCUCCAGGGCCCCCAGGACUGCCUGGUCCGCCAGGACCCCCAACUUCAGCAGCAGUUCCAGGGCCUCCUGGGAUUCCUGGGAAAUAUGGAGAGAAGGGAGGACCGGGAAUCCCUGGAGUUGAUGGAAAAGAUGGCGACCAAGGGCCUGCAGGAAAGAAAGGAGACAAGGGAGAGCCUGGAGCGAGCGGGCCAGCAGGACCAAAGGGAGAACAGGGCCCACCAGGGUUUCCAGGCUUACCGGGAUCACCUGGCCAUGAGGGGCAGCCUGGUCCCAGGGGUCCACCUGGACCUCCUGGGCCCCCAGGACCCUCAAGAAUAGGCUUGUUUGAGGACCUGGAAGGAUCUGGUCUGCUAGAUGAUUUUGGAGCCUCCACUGGUCCUCAGGGCCCGCCAGGAAUCCCCGGACCUCCAGGACCCAAGGGAAAAGAUGGUUUAGAAGGGCCCCCAGGAAAGCAGGGCCAGAAGGGGGAGCCAGGUGUUAGAGGACCGCCGGGGCUGCCUGGUCUAAAUGGAGAGGAAGGGGAAGAGGGAGCAAAGGGAAACAAAGGAGAUCCAGGACCAAAGGGAGAGCGUGGUCAGGAUGGUCUCAGUGUGCUUGGUCCUCCAGGACCACCUGGACCUCCAGGACCAGUUAUCAACCUCCAGGAUCUUCUGCUUAAUGCUACAGAUGGUGCCUUCAAUUUCUCAGGGAUUUUUGAAACUCGGGGUCCUGCUGGACCAAAAGGUCCAAAAGGUGACUUUGGAUUGCAAGGUUUACAAGGACCUCAAGGAAUAAAAGGUGAAAAGGGUGAACCCGGAUCUCUCAUUGCAGCAGACGGAUCCUUAAUGUCAGAUCUGCCUGGAUUAUUGGGAACCAAAGGAAUCAAGGGAGAUAACGGUGCUCCGGGGAACCCUGGAGUUCAUGGCCCAGUUGGACCACCAGGACCCAAAGGAGAAAUUGGUUUCCCUGGACGACAAGGUCGUCCAGGCUUGCUGGGACCUAAAGGAGAGAAAGGGAACUCGCAGGGCCUGCCGGGCCCUCCUGGACCUCCCGGACCCCCGGGCCGGCCAGGAAUAUUCAGCUGCCCCAAAGGAACGGUGUUCCCCAUCCCUCCCAGACCACACUGCAAAAUGCCUAACGUCUUCAAGGUGUUUCCAAAAUAUUCCUGCAUGCUGCAUGUGAGCAGCGAGAAGGUGAAGGCUCAGUGCCAAGAGUUGACAAAGCUUCAUCCCAACGGGACAAUUGCAACAGGUAACUGCCUCCAAGGUCCAAAAGGAGAGAAGGGAGAAAGGGGUCGUCCAGGGUUACCAGCUCCCCAAAGUUCAUUUCUCUCCAGAGGAGGCUGGGGGGUGAAGGGUGACCAGGGCAUCAAGGGGGAGAUGGGAGCAAAAGGGGAGGCAGGGUCUCCAGGACAGCCAGGCUUACCUGGGAGGUCCGGACUGGUGGGACCCAAAGGGGAGUCGGUGCUCGGACCACCUGGCCGCCCAGGGAUGCCUGGCCCACCUGGUGUUCCAGGCUAUGGCAGACCUGGUGCCGUUGGUCCUCCUGGACCGCCAGGUCCUCCAGGGCAACCUGGACUGCCCCUCAGAUAUGGUGCAGCUUUGACCAUCACUGGUCCCCCUGGACCCCCCGGACCACCUGGACCCCCUGGGGCAUCAAGUAACUCGCCGUUUCUGAAAACCUUUUCGACCCGAGAGAAUAUGAUGCAGCAGACAUCAAGGGAUCAAGAGGGGACUCUGGCUUAUGUCAGAACAACGGGGAGUCUCUUCCUGAAGGUUCCCCAGGGCUGGAAGGAAAUACAGCUUGGUGGCCUCAUCUACCUCUCCAAUAACAUCAUCCCCCAAGAUGAGCCUCGAGCUGCGUAUCAAGUCAGAGCAAAGACCUUGCAAAGAGUCCGUUCAGUCAAUGAAAGGCUAAACCUGGUAGCCUUGAAUCAGCCGCACUCAGGGAACAUGAUGGGUCACGACAUGGCCGACCAGAUGUGUAACAACCAGGCCAAAGCCAUGGGUCUGGCUCCCAACUACCGUGCCUUCAUGUCGUCCCACAAGCAGGACCUGAUCCGUGUUGUCUACCCUGGGUUCCGGGACUCUCUACCAGUAACCAACCUCAGGGGAGAUGUGAUGUUCAGGAACUGGCAGUCCAUAUUCAACGGCAACGGAGGGCCAGUGAAUCCCAGGAUACCCAUCUACUCCUUUGAUGGCCGGGACGUUUUAGCUGAUCCCUUCUGGCCCAAGAAAAGCAUCUGGCACGGUUCCACCAGUAUAGGCCUCAGAGUGGACGACAAACACUGCGAGACGUGGCAAGCAGAUGAUUUCUCAGUCAUGGGCCAGUCCUCCAGCCUGACCUCAGGUCUGCUCCUUGGCCAGCAGACGAGAAGCUGUUCCACCGAGUACAUUGUGCUUUGCAUCGAGACCUACAAAAACUCUUAACUUGUCUCUCUGAGACAGAACCCAGCUUGGAUAUAGUAAAUAUUAAAGACUCUUUGAGGACAUAAUUUUUUAGCUUGGUGCUAUGUGUAGCUGUUUGUGGUUGUAAAUCAAGGUCAUCUUGUAGUUUUCUGACUUCAGAGUUAGGUAGAGGACUGGGAUCAUUGUGUACUCCUGACAACAGCUGAAGGUCUCUUCCCUCCAGGUAAGAUAAGGUUUGGAAACAAGAAUCACAGAAUGUUUUUAUUUAUUAUGAAGCAUAUGAAAGAUUUCCAACCUGGUGGCACAUACAGUAAGCAAGAUAAAACACAGAAGGUAAGAGCUUUAACUUUGACACCAUGACCGAAUAAAUGCAAACACAGUGGCAAUGAAAUUAUACAUGCAACACCUCAGCUGCAUGGAUAUAAGGCACCACAUAUUCCUUAUUUUCCUUACAUUAGCUCAAAAAUGCGACAGCUGAAGGACAUCAGUGUCCAAAGGAACAGGUUGUCUUGGAAGGUUUUUAUUUUAACUCCAAAGACCAUCAUUUUCUUGGGCUUACGUUCUACCUUGUGGAACAAAGGGAAGACCAGACAACCAAUUUGUAAUGCACUGUAUUUUGUUUUUAAGGUUUUCUCGUCCAAUAGUUUUGUUUGUUUGUGUCGUAGCUUUUAAUGCAUUUUGAUCAUACGUUUUAGCAGCUUUCUCUCUAAAUGCCUUAUUUAAUGUAAAUCCAGUGAUUUAUUUAUGUCGUCACAGCACAUAACAUAAAAUCAGAUGAUAAAAAUUAAGAAUGUAAUUUAUCAUUUGUUCGACUCUCUCCUCUUGCGUUGUUCUUAAAGUUUGGAGAUUUUCUUUGAAUGUCAACAGUAGGUGAUAAACCUCCACCAGGUCUUACAUGUUACAUCAAAUUCAUGUUUGAAAAUGUAAAAGUCCAAAAGUGAGAGCGCAUGUUUUGUAUAAAUAUUUGUGGUUUUGGGAAUAAAGAUGAUAAAGAAGA